AAACACGAUUUUAACUAUAAGAAGGACGACAAGACCGAUGUAUCAAAGCCCAUCAAGCAUAUCUCUCUUCACUCGUUCUGUUUCCCUUUCUGUCGAUCCGAGAUCGAAAGCCUGUGGCUUGUUUUUUUUUCAGAAUUUCUGACCUCCAAGGAAGAAUUGACGUCGUGUCCUUCAUUUGACUACUAUCAUUACUUACGCUCCCUAGCAACUCAUUCGAAAUGCGUGCUGCCUUCCUUAUCCUCUCGCUCGGUAUAGCCGUUUCCGCGCGUCCGAUGCGCCGUGAUGCCACUGCUCUGCAAAAUGGUCGAGAUGCUAUUUCUCUAAACGCCCAGUACAAGACAUUGUCCGCAACCUCUUCCUGCACGAGUGGCGAAAACUCCUGUGUUACCGGCAAGUUCGCUCAGUGUGUAAAUGGAAAAUUCGUCUUGCAAUCUUGCGCAACUGGUACCAUAUGUGCAGCUAUUCCUCUGGAUAGUCCAAGUACGGGAACACUUACCACUUGUACGACUCAAUCGGAUUUAGAUAAUCGUCUCGCUGCUACUGGUGCCACAGAUCCAUCGUCUAGCAGUUCUAGCAGCUCUAGUGGUACGACUGCUGCUGCUUCUUCAUCGGUGUCUAGCGCUACGGACAACGCUACGUCCAGUAGUUCUGCGAACACUACAUCUGGCAACACCACGAACAACUCUGCAUCUGGUAACCCUGCAACCGCAUCCAAUAACACAUCCACCUCCUCUGGGAGCACGGGUGCCACAGACAACUCUGCAUCCGGUAGCGCCGUUACCACAUCUAAUGGUAGUACGGGCUCCACGAGCACAGCGACCACCAUCGGCUCGCUCUCUUCUUCCGACAUUACAACCAAUGCCACUGAGAACAACCCUGAUGCUCAGUCAUCGCUCACUCUCGAUCCCCGUGUGAUCGCAACUGGAUUCCUAAACAACGGUCAAGAUGUCCAAGAAGCUGGCCAGGUGGCGUCGCUCACGUCUAACAACAAUUUCAUCAAUUAUUGUCUUACCCAGGGCAAUCUUCCUAUCACUAACGGUCUGCAAAUUACAACGGGAUCCUGUAAUCCUGCGCCCAUUGGUACCAUCCCUUCCGUUCAGAACAUGCCUUCGGCCAAAUUCGCGAACCCAGCUAACGGAGCCACCAUUGCCGCCAAUACCGAAUUCACAAUCACGAUGAACAUCAACAACCUCGACACUGGUAACUUUGUCAACGCAAACGAGAAUUAUUUUGCUGCUCCUCAGCAGCUCAGUGCACAAGGCCAGAUCAUUGGUCACACUCACGUCGUCAUCGAGGCGUUGUCGGAUUUGGCUCAGACCACACCGACUAACCCUCAACAGUUCGCGUUCUUCAAAGGUGUCAAUACAGCUGCUGUGAACGGUGCGGUGACUGCUGAUGUUACGUCGGGUGUCCCUGCUGGUGCAUACCGUCUGUGCUCCAUUAACUCUUCGUCGAAUCACCAGCCUGUAAUCGUGCCUAUUGCUCAACACGGUUCUCUUGAUGACUGUGUUUACUUCACUGCAUCUGGAGAUGGUGCAACUGCUUCUAAUGCAACUGCUGCUGCUGCCGGUACUGCUGCCGCUGGGACUGCUGCUACGGGGGCUUCAGCAGCCGAAAUUGCUAAGGGACAAGGUCAGAACAAGAACCAGGGUUCUCAGGCCCAAAGUCAAGCUGCUGUUGCCAAAGCUGGCAACGGCAAAGGCAAAAGGUCGAUUUCCCGUCUGUAGAAGUUACCGCGUUUUGAGUGGCGCUAUUUCUACUGUCUAACUUGAUCGUUGGUGCGUAGAGGACAAGUAUAGGCUUCAAGAUUUAUGACAUAUUUAUA